AAAAUAAAAAAAUAAGUGGACACAGUACUCACAUCACCAAAACCAACAAAUCCAAAAUGAACUACCAAGCGGUAGCGCUCGCUUUCAUGGCGGCAAUUUGCACGUCGACGGUAAUCGACGACGAAAACCUCAUCCCUCCUCGCCGCGAACUUUACGAUAACGGAAGAAUCUUCGAUAUCACUCACAGGUAUCACCCGGACAUGCCAGAGUUUGAAUCUAAAAACGGUAUCGGUCAAUUCCUGUGGCUUCCAAAGAGCAUGAAAAACGGUUCCAUCGCUAAUAACUCUGAAAUGAAACUUCCGGCUCAUACCGGAACUCAUGUUGAUGCACCUGGCCACGUCUACGAUCACUACUUCGAUGCUGGAUUUGAUGUUGAUUCACUCGACUUGCACGUCCUCAAUGGUCCUGCUCUUUUAGUUGAUGUUCCAAGAAAUAGUAAUAUAACUGCUGAAGUUCUGAAGUCAUUAAAUAUCCCCAGGGGUGUAAAGCGUGUACUCUUCCGAACAUUAAAUACCGACAGGCGGCUUAUGUUUCAGAAGGAAUUUGACUCAAACUAUGUGGGGUUCACUGUAGAUGGAGCAAAAUGGCUAGUGGAAAACACCGAUAUCAAACUUGUUGGUAUUGACUACCUAUCUGUUGCUUCUUAUGAUUACUUGAUUCCAUCCCACCUUGUGUUUUUAAAAGACAGGGAAAUCAUUCUUGUUGAAAGCCUGAAACUUGAUGAUGUCCCAGCAGGAUUAUACUCAGUCCACUGCUUACCUCUUAGGUUGGCUGGUGCUGAGGGAUCACCAAUACGAUGCAUUCUAAUCAAGUACUAAGGAGGAAGUGCUGUCUCAAAUGCAAUGGUAAGAGGGGAUCAUCAAUGAUGUAUGUAUGUUUAGAGCAAGAGGUAGAGAGAUGCAUCAGUCUAAUAGCUUUUCUUUAAUAUAGUUUGCCAGCUACUUUGAACCAAAUAAAUUGUCGCAGUGGCGUCUUUAUGGAGGUAGAUAGUAACAUUACUGUUCUUCAUCUUUAGUAGCAUAUGUUUCCAUUACACUUAUUAAAAACAUCAAAUAUAGAUAAACACUCGAAUA